AAACUCGACUCACUCCGCAACCAAGUCAGUGCUCAGUGCUGUGCGCACGGAGCCCCGACCCCGCUAUUGUCGUUUCUGCUCUGCUGUUUCUGUCAUCCCCUUCCCUCCAUCACUUCCUCCUACAUUAUAAUAGUUUCACUGUGACUGCCUGCGGUCGGCUAACAAGGAAGCGUGGGGAGCGUGGCUCUUCACUUUCGUAGAGAGGGCGUAUGGCGGACAGUCAAUAUUCAGAUAUCAACAGCCAAAGCAUAUGAAUCCAAAACAAAAAAACCGUGACGAGGAAAGAUUCGAACUGCAAAAUGGCAACAACUACUUAUUCUGGAUUAUGGUCGUGACAUGUUAUGAACUCUUCGCAAAGUUUUAAUGUCAUGCGUAUUUACUUUGUUUUUAGCGCACCAUAAGGACAGCUUUCCAACCCGCUGUUUUGUAUCGCUGUCAGUUACUUUUAUUUAUUGAAAUUGUAAUCACUGUCCUGGACUGGGUGGUCGUGUACGUGUUGCUUUGCGUUUUAAAUGUGGUACACUCACUGACCGCCGCCGUGCUGCACGAGCCCUUUAAUAAUUCAGGGUAAAUCUGUGGACGUGUGUUGGCACCAGCGACCGACAUGGGGGCUAAGCAGAGCAGCCCAGCCGCUAACGGACGGACCAGGGCUUACUCGGGCUCGGAUCUACCUUCUAGCACCUCUACUACCAGCAAUGGGAACGGUAGGACUGCAGCCAUGGCAAUGAGCUAUCACUCCUACGGCCAGUCGGCUCACGGGGCCUCGGGAACCACAGCGACCUCCAGUCAACACAUUGGCCCCAGGACAAGGUCCGUGGGAGGCAGUUCUGGAGGGUCAGGGCCAAGACCCCAGUCAGGCAUCAACAUCCCCAACAGCAGUGGAGCCUACAGCUCACAGGAGUCUGGCAGCAGCACCCCGGAGGAGGCAGAGAGGGACAGGUCCAGCUGGGGGCAAGGGGGUCCCCGGUUGUUGAUUGGAUCAUUACCAGCACACCUUUCGCCUCACCUUUUUGGAGGCUUCAUGUGCCCUGUCUGCUCCAAGUUUGUCUCCACGGAUGAGAUGGAUCUACACAUCGUCAUGUGCUUGACCAAACCCAGAGUGACUUAUAACGAGGACGUCCUGAGUAAGGAUGCAGGGGAAUGUGCAAUCUGUCUUGAGGAGCUGGUACAGGGGGACACCAUUGCUCGCCUGCCCUGUCUCUGCAUAUACCACAAAGGCUGUAUUGAUGAGUGGUUUGAGGUGAACAGAUCGUGUCCAGAACAUCCCUCAGACUAAAGGGCCUCGCUACUUUUCUCCACAGGUUUCUUACUUCCUCGAUAAGAAGACUGAUCUGUUCCAAUAACAACAGUCCUCAAUGUGAAUCCCAUCCCCUUCCCUGUGACUCUGUGGCCAGUACAGAACUGACCCCUGACCCUACCCCUCUAGCCCCACCACCUCCAGUAUGUCUCAACAGCCCUCAACACCUCCACUCAAACCAGUCAAGUACCGCAGAGUGCCAAAUCUCAUUAAAAGCCAUUUUCAGGGAAACUACAUUUAAUGCUGAUCUAUCUCUUUAUCUUCACACACACACACAAUCUGCUCCAAGACAAGACCAGACAGACACAAACUCACAAAUACACACUCACAAAUACAACCAACCUCUGCUUUGUCCUCAAAGACAGACAGACAGACAGACAGACAGACAGACAGACAGACAGACAGACAGACAGACAGACAGACAGACAGACAGACAGACAGACAGACAGACAGACAGACAGACAGACAGACAGACAGACAGACAGACAGACAGACAGACAGACAGACAGACAGACAGACAUACAUACAUACAUACAUACAUACAUACAUACAUACAUACAUACAUACAUACAUACAUACAUACAUAUCCGACAGCCUGAUGUUGAGGGAAGACACAACACCUCUUUUGCACAACUAUCCAAUCAGGAAAAUCUGUUGCUCUCAACACGCCCUCUCACUCUCUGCUGCAUCAAUGGAACGGCUGUAUAUGCCACCCACAGACAUUUUGCAUUCCAUCCCAUUGGCCGUGCCUCAGUGAUUGAGCUGCUGUGAUUGGCUGAGCUCCAGGGCUACUGUGACUUGGAAUUCCCUCCUCCUGUGUUAUUGGACAGCAGAUUCAGGUCUCCUCCCAUCUGUUUGGUCUGAGUGAUUGUACACCUGGACAUUUCGGGGAGCAAGCUGAGGGGAGAGGGGGAAGUCAGUCCUCAUCCCCCUCUCCCACUCUUUCCCCAUCCUCACCAACUCUGUCUACCAGUGCCUUCACCUUCGGAUCCUGGCCUACCAAGGCAGAGUCAGGACAACAGAACAGUGUGAAUGGUGGGUGGGGGACAGAGGGCGCGAGGUCAGGUAUCAGUCUAUACUAAAUCCUCCCUCCCUAGCCCUUCCCCCUGUGUGUUGUUGACUGGAUGACGACAGACGGAGAGAGACCCAGCAGAGAGCCAGACUCAGCUGAAUGUGAAACUCUGCUUAACUCUAACCUUUACUCCACUGGGACAUGCUGCUAGCUGCUAGCCACACUGAAAUUAGAAGUGCCCUGCUAUAUGCUGUCCCGCUCUGUUUCUCACGCUCUCCUUUCCCCUGACUAGCUAUCUAACUCACAACCCUUCAAUGCCUCUGUGGUAGCAACAAGACGUGAACUGGACUGUGCUACCAGAAGCGUGUGGCUCGGCUAGUGGCAACUACAACUCCCAGCAGGCACUUCUCUGGAGUGAGAACGUUAAUCUUAGUUUUUGUAGCAGCAAUAGCUGUCUGACUGGGACAUGAGGCCCUCUGUGCUUAGCCUGAAUCCCAACUGAAUUACUGUGUUUCACUGUGUUUUACUGUACAUCUUCAGUUUGGCAAUUGUAAAGAGGAGCAUUUCAGUUGGGAUCCAAACUACAAUAUGCUGACCCCAGAUCAGAUAUCCCCCUCCCUCAGGGGCCCGUUGACAUUAUGUGGUGUAUAUACUCUAGCCUUCUACAGGGUUCACACACCCAUCCUCUUCUCUCACUCACUCACUUUGAUCUUUAAUCUUUAUUUAUCAUCAUGAGACUUAGCAGUUAUUAUUAUGCAAAUUAUUUUAUUUUAAGUGUGCAGGUUUUGACAUAAUGGUGUAAUUGCAUAUCUGUGUAUGUAUGUGUGAGUUGUAGUGAAACUAAGUCGGGCCUUAAUGCAAAGAGAAUGACAUGAAUAACUAUGUCUUCUUUUCAUGUUUGUCCAUUUCAGUGCUGUUUCAAAUAGCUGCCUGAGCUAGCACACCUUUUACCCAAUCAUAAUCAUCUACCAAUCAAUCUAUCACAGUAGAGGUGAGAGGGCGGGGCAGGAAGUAGACGAUUGGUGGAGCUCCAUGCCAAAGCCAAUCAGAAUAAGGGGAAGACUGAUGUCUUCAAAAAAGUUAUCAUUAGAAUGUUGGAUCCCCUGAAACUUUGUCAAUGUGUUUGAAGGUUUUACACAUUUCCUAUCUAAUACAUUUCAGCUUCCAGCAACCCUGUGUUGUAAUAUUUAAACAAGGCCUUGCUGUUGUUCUCUUUAAUGUUUUGAGAGCUUUCCCAGGAUGUGCUGCUAACGAGUACACAAGUAUACUAGACCUCCAUCUUCACCAUUGGGUUGCGAAUAAGGGCAGAGUAAGAAACUGAUAGACAAAUUCAAUGAAUAAGACAAAAGGCUUUAUUGGCUAUGCUUUUCACAAUCAUUGUGGAGGUUUUUCAUCUCCACAGUUUAGGGAUUUUAGAUUAUAGUAUAUUAUUAUGACAUAUCAAGGAAUAAGAUCAAUAGUAUUUAUAUUGGUUUCCCAAUUCAAACUUAUAACGACCAGUCAGACAAAUUAACAAAGAGCAUUAAUAGGGGAUCUGGGUAUUAUGGGAUGGAUAUACUAAAGGUAGUGUUACCAUGGCUACUGGGUCAGUUACACCAUAUUAACUGUGGUUUCUCCAAAAGUGCCAUCAUCAUGCCUCUAAAACAUGCUGCUAACAAUUUAUUUUUUAAGAAGUACAGCGAGGCAUAAAGCACUUUGGAAUUGGGACAAUAAAAAUCCCCCACCCAAAUGGACUGUUUCCCCAUUUGUCACCGUGUACUGUAGCUAAUAAAGUUUAAUCUAAAUCCAGAUGGGAGUUUCUCCUCAUUGCACAGUGAGGGAGAAACUAGAAUGUCUGGUCUGAAACUAGAAUAUCUGGUCUGAAACUAGAAUGUCUGGUCUAACUGCAUGGUUUGUCCCAUGGCUACUGUACUGUAAGUGUAUUGAAAUGUUGUCGAAUGGCUCACGAUUGUGAAGCAUACUACUGUAUGUGUACAAUAUGCCCUUAUUGUCAUGGGUAUGUGUGUAGCACGAGGAUCCUCCCUAGCUAGCCUACCAGAACAGCCUUAUAUGAUCUACUGUAGCUACGAUCAGUUUUAAAUCACAUUUGACCCCCAUUUCAGUUUUGUUAGUUUUAUUUUGGAUGUUUGAGUUUCUUUGGGGGGCGAGUGGGGAGGCAGCCUAGCACCUAAACUGAUUUCGUUAUGUUUUUACUGUAGAGAAUUCAGUUUGGAUGUCAGGCCAGUGGUAAAGUGGUAAAGGAGGGGGGUUAUAUGGUCAUUUUGUGUAAAUGUUUUGGUUUUGCUGCUUAUGCCACAGUUGCCAAUUUGAGCCCAUAUCAAUCCAAUCGGAUCAAUGUCUAUCCAAAUCUACCGUGUUGAAAAGCGCCAUAUGGAUGGACUUGUGAAGAAGCAGUGUUUAAAACAGUCAACAUAUAUGAAUGUGAGAUGUGUUAGAGAACACACAUAUGUCAUCAGGUAGCUAUACUUGAUGUUCUGUUCAUGAUACUAUAAUAUACCAUGACAGCAAACAUACUGUAGAUGAUUAUUAGUUGGGGAUGAGCUUGCUUGAAUGAAGGUAGAGGUGUAGUAGGGCAUUCAUGUAAUAGUUGAGAGGUGAAGGAAACGAUUUUUUAUUUGGGUUAUACCUCCCACGGUACUUCAGAGACAGGCCGACAGUACAUACCUAGAAAUGUUAUUUUAGAAACUUUUUAGACAUACAGUAUGUUAUAACAUUCCAUUUAUGUAAAAAAAUAUGUACAGAAUUUGAAAUUAAAAGAGCAACAUUUUUGGAGCACAUUA